GGCAAAAGUGGCAUGGGGGCGAAUAUAAGAACACCAUCAUCUCACAUUGUGCUGGCAGCGUUUCUGUUGCGACCCAGCAUGCGACCAAUCGCGCCUCUCACGUGUACCCCGCUUUUUCCUCCAAUCAUCAACGCUUCCAUGCGGAACCUUAGGCCCACACGCCAAUCUGGCAACCUCGUCUCCCUUGCAACUACACCAUACUCAAUCGUAAUUCGAAAUGGCAACGGCCAAAUUGAUUGCAGUAUUUAGAAGGUUUCCCAAAGAACUCUUUCGAGUGAAUAAUGGGAGAAAAGUCCAGUUGCGUACCUGGACGCCAAGGCGACGCGUGUAUGAUAUCUCUCUGACAAAUGGGCUUGUCCAGCCAAAAGCUACGAAGCCCACGAGUUAUGAAGCUCCCAAUGGCGCGUCGAUGAGGCCUAACUCACCCUACCAGCAAUCGUUGGUCUCGUGGCGGUUUCGGGGCGACGAUGUUAUUGUCUAUGGAGUGCCUGAAGGAACUGCGCUUCCGGACGAUCUUCUGCUGGUACAUGAACGAUCAGAUCAUUACUCCCUCCAGCCCGCGGUGUCAAUGACUAUCACAGAGCUCAACGGAAAGAUCACUCGUUUCCUCACCGCAAAUUCAAGAGUCUUCACGAGAGAGCAAUGGAUAGAGACGUAUCCGGAAGCAACCGAAAGCUCUUAGGCACGAGACAAGCGCUAAGCACAUCGAUAAUGUUGUUCCCUGUCAGGAGAGAGCAACGGUGACGACCAGCGACCGAGCUAGAGAUGCUGAACAAUAAAACGACGCGUUCGCAAUGCAACAACCGCUACUUGCGCGAUGUUGGUAACUGGGAUUAUGAAAAGUCCAUGGCCGUAGUAAACAAACAAAGAGCGCGGCCAUCAGGCACGCAUGGCUCGAUCCUACA